UGAAUAGGUUGUUAGACUUCUUUGAGUUUUUUGUAAAUCCAAAAUUCUUUUUUUGACUUGUUAACUUCUAUUAUAUUUCACAAGUCUUUAGUAAAUAAAUAAAUAGUUAUAAUUUUGUUAUGCAACAACUUGAUGGAUCAAUCAUCAACUGACGGCGAUGAACCAUCUAACCAACAACCAUCGACUACAAAACGAACCAGUAUAUUAAAGAAAUUUCCCAGUCCUAAUAAAUUACAAACCGAAGCUCCACGCACAACCAAAACUGCUCAUUUCAAUGAAGAAAAUAUCAAAGAAACCUACCAUCCAGCUAACAAAGACUACGGUUUUGACAAAAUUUCACAACCAAAGACACCCUUCGCAAGAGAAGAAGCUCCAAUUGAUCCAAAAUUAUUAAAGAAACGUUUACAAAAAAUCACUAAAAAUAGGAAUUCAUCUGAGUCUGAAAAUAUUGACGAUGAUCAACCACAUUCAAGUGGAGUUACUCCUUCUGCAAGAUCAGGAAAAAGUCAGAAAAGUAAUAAAGUAAAUGCAUCAGUUAGCCAAACUUCUGGUGAUUCCGUAUCAUUUGAGGAAAAACGUCAAAAUCAUUACAGAGCUGAGUUCAAAAUUGCAAAACAAGCUGUUUUAGAAGAAAUUGACGAAUCACAAUAUUCUUCGUCUUCUUAAACUUUGAACAAAAUAAAAGUCUUAAAAUUCCACAAAAUUUGUGUUUUCAGAUUGGAAACUUUUUUAAAGACCUGAAAUAA